UCUUUCUCUCUCCCUUGCUCGAAAGCCCAACUGUCUACCGUUGCUUCCCGCUCUCUUUUUCUUGACCACUUCCACUCUCAUUCUCAUGCCAUUGCUGUGUACACAGAUGGCUCUAAAUCUUCUGACGGCGUAGGAUUCGCAGCAAUGUUUCCGGACAGCGUCGUACGAGGGCAUUUACUAUCUUCGGCUAGUAUUUUUACUGCUGAAUUGUAUGCCAUCCUUGCAGCACUUAUCCGUAUUGCAUCUAUGCCUGUGUCAUCAUUUGUGAUUGUCUCAGACUCCCUUAGUGCUUUACAGGCUAUACAGAAAUUUGAUACACCUCACCCCUUAGUCCUCCGUAUCCAACUUUGGCUACGCCGCAUCUUUACCAAGCAUAAAGAUAUUGUUUUUUGUUGGGUCCCUGGUCAUGUCGACGUACAGGGCAAUGAACAGGCAGACACUGCUGCGCGGUCAGCAGUACAUGACCUACCAGUUUCAUAUAGAGGUAUUCCAUUUACGGACUAUUUUGCUGCAAUAUCUUCCCACCUUCACACCCGUUGGCAACAACGUUGGUCUACUAUGCUCGGCAACAAACUUCAAUCUAUUAAACCGAGUAUAGGUUACUGGCCGUCUUCUUAUCACCAGUGUCGAGGUUGGGAGACUACUCUGUCCCGUCUUCGCAUUGGCCAUACUCGUCUUACUCAUGGAUAUCUCAUGGAGAGGUGCCCUGCUCCUCUCUGUGAGAAUUGCCAAGCUCCAUUAUCAGUCAGCCACAUUCUGUUGGACUGCCCACUUUAUCAACGAGCACGCAGAAUUUACCUCUGUCGUCGUCUUCGCUCCGCUGCUCUCUCUUUACCUUCCCUUCUCGCUGAUGGACCCACCUUUCAUCCGGACUCUCUCAUUGACUUUUUGACAACAACUGACUUACUUCACAAAUUCUGAUACCUUCAGCCCUUUCUACUUCAUUCUCUUGCUACCCUCUACCCCCGUACUAUCCCCUGCCCCGCUGUUUUCUGUAACCUACUGAUCAUCCCUCCUCCCUUCUGCCAUCCAAUACCCUCGCUUCCUUCCCUACCCUGCAGCGCUGUAUAGCCCUUGUGGCUUAGCGCUUCUUUUUGAUUAUAAUAAUAAUAAUAGGAGUGAACUUGGGAGACAGGUCUAUGAAAGACAUGGUGAACCAUAGAACUGACAGGGAGAAAGAGGUCUCUUGCUCAUUGCUGUUUUCAGGCAGGCAUUGUUUUUCAAUUCAGAGGGUCAUCCAUGAUCCAGGAUCUCUGUCCGUACUAUGCUGCUGGAAAGAAAGAAAAGAUAGAUUAAGCCAAUAGCUAAAAAUAUUGAAAAAUAACUAAAAACAAAGAAAAGCUAAAAAAAAAAUUAACAAAUAACUAAAAAUAAUAACUUAAAAUAACGAAAAAUAAAAAAAAACAAAUAAAGGAGAACAUCUAAAAAUAAUGAAAAAUAAAAUAAUAAGGGAAUAUAACUAAAAAUAAUGAAAAAAAGCAAAAAUUACAAAAAAUUAAAAACCGAUAAGUAACUAAAAAUAAAAUAUAAAAAUAAUGAAAAAUAAAAGCUAAAAACUAAGAAUAAUGAAAAAAUAAAAACUAAGUAAAAAAUAACUAAAAUUGGCAAACAUAUUAAAAUGUAACUAAAAAUAAUGAAAAUAAAAAUGAAAAAUAACUAAAAAUAAAUAACUACAAAAAUAAAAAUAAUUAAAAACUUAGAAUAAUAUAAAAAUAACUAAAAACAAUUAAAAAUAGCAAAAUAUGUAACUAAAAAUAAUAAAAUAAUUUCAAAAUUUUCCAUUAAUUUUUUCAUAAAUCUUCAUUCAUUUUCAAUAAUUUUUUGCUAAUUUUUCAUAAAUUUUCGUUCGUUUUUUCAUAAAUUUUCGUUCAUUUUUAUUAUUUUUGUUUGGUUUUCAUAAAUUUCUUUAAUUUUUCAUAAUUUUUCCUUCAUGUUUCAUUUGCUUUUCAUAAAUUUUCGUUUAUUUUUCGUUAUUUUUCGUUCAUUUUUUUCAAAAUGCUGUCUGGAAACCCAAGCUGUUCCUCUAAACUUUUUUAUCUGCAUCUACCUUAUUAGGUCUCCAUCAUGAAUAUAAUACUAACCCAUAGGCAAAUAGGUACACCCCUAAAGAGGCCUAUCCCUACUGGAUUAAAUCUCCCACAUGAAUUUAUCACUGACCUAUAGGCCAGCAGAAACUAUCCUAAAUAGGCCUGUUCCUACUUGAUUAACUCCACACAUGAAUAUAAUACUGUAUUGUAUAUGAUGAAUUUUUUUAUUAUUUUUUGUCUAUUUUUCUUUCUAAUACACUAAAUUUACCACUGAACAUCAUUACAGUGUGGAAAGAGCUGUAGCAGAGUAGGAGGAACCAAAUAUCUUACGCUAUUAUUACUAAUAAACUUUAUCUGCCUGUACCAUUUAUUUAAUAAUUAUAGCAGACAUAAGAUAAAAGAAUAAUAAAGGCUGU